UCAAAACCGUUUCUUCUUAGGAUCAAAUUGUUAUAAGAAGUUGUGGGUUUGUCUUCCGACCUGAUACUAAUGGAAGCUUUGAUCAAAUCAUAGAAACAAUGUGCAACGAUGUGAUGUAUUCCCACAAUAUCAGCAAAUGCAUUGGCCAUUUCUUUGAACUUCAACGAAAUUUAAGCAUUUCAACAAAAGACACUGAAUAUGAUGACGAGUCUGAUUAUGAUCUUGAUGAUGUAUUCAGCGUUUAUUGGGGUGAAAGCGAUGACGUAAAAGAUGAUGAUGAUGAUUCUGGUGACCUGGAGGAGGAUGAUCAUGAUGUGGAAUGUCUGAAGAAUUUGUAUUAUACAUACAAUAUUACUGUAACUGUGAAUAUGAAUAAUAAUUGAUUUUUGCGCAAUGUACAUGGUGCUCAUAGUAAAAUUUUUGAAGUGGAGACAUUGUUGGUAAUUGUGUACUGUAAUAAAAUGUUUAUAAAGAA